AUGAGCCCGGCGCACUUCCCAGAUGAGAAUGAGUACUCAGACAAGUACAUGGAUGAUACCUACGAGUACCGUCAUGUUAUACUCAACAAGCCCACGUAUAGAAUGCUACAGCGGUCGGUCCGUGGGUACUCUGCGUCGACUAUAUUAGAAGAAAACGAAUGGAGAGUACGCAUCGAUCCUACAGAGACCGGCUACCUUGCCCAGGAGGCCUUAGCAAAAUUGAGGACCGCCGCAAUUCUCAUCAAGCAGGCCGGAAUGCAGGCUACAGCUAUGAACCAGCAGAUCGCGACUGCAGUGAGGCAGGGAGAAAUGGCAGCUCACGCGGCGAGGGCUCAGGUGGCAGAGCACAUUGGCGCGACUAGUCCUGGAGAUGCGGGAUGGUAUGUUGAGAGGCUUGCGAGUUAUAGAGUCCAUUAG